AUGAAACCUGUCAUCUCUUUGUUGUUUCUUGCCGAACUUGUCGGGGUGAUCCUUGCCCAGGUAAAAGUUCAGAACGCCGAUCCUAGCAGCAAGAAGAACCAUGAAGAAUUCAUUUAUAAGAAGGCUAAAAGCAAGGGAAAAGAGGGCAUCGUGGAGAAUAUUGACCUCGAUGGGUUCAAAGGCUAUGUCGCCGAGAUUGCCUCCUCGGAACUCCAGGAAGUGAUUGACUCUGAUCUUGUCGAUUACAUCGAGCAGGUUACCAUUGUCAACGUCUCUGCUGUUGCAGCGCCCAGCUCAGGCCCGAUCACCAAAUGCGACUUAACCACCCAAACGUCCGCUCCUUGGGGCCUUGCCCGUAUCUCGCAAGUCUUUAAUGGGAAAGGUGUAGACGCUCGGUAUAGCUACGAUACGACAGCCGGCACAGAUGCAACUGUUUAUAUCCUCGACUCCGGCAUCCGAACUACGCACAAGGAGUUUGGUGGUCGUGCCGUGUGGGGAGACACCUUCGUUAGUGGCUCUCCCAAUAGAGACGAGUUUGGCCACGGGACACAUGUUGCUGGCAUUGUGGGCGGUAAGACCUACGGCGUAGCUAAGGGACAUGGCCUGCAGUGCGCUGUCAACCACGCCAAGUCCAAGGGUAUUACCAAGAAGAGCAUCAUCAAUGAAUCCCUCGGCGGUCCCUAUACCAAAAUUGGCAAUGAUGCUGUCAAAGCUGCCACUGAUCUCGGGAUCACUAUUGUGGUGGCAGCCGGCAACGAGGCGGAAGAUGCUGCCUAUUACUCACCUACUUCUGCCCCAUCAGCUAUUACUGUCGGCGCUAUCGAUUCCUUUAAUUAUCAUUAUGGCAAGGUGGUUGAUAUAUUUGCGCCUGGUAGUGACAUCCUCAGCGCGGGGCAUCUGAGCGACUCUGGCAGUGUGUACAGGUCAGGCACAAGCAUGGCUGCGCCGCAUGUUGCUGGCCUUGCGGCGUAUUUCAUGGCAAAGGAGGGAGUUCGGGGCUCUGCUGCUAUUACCAAACGCAUCAUCGGCGCUGCUGACACCACCUUUGUUGGAGAAGCUUUUGAUGGUCCUCAACAUGUUGCAUAUAGUGGUGGCGGCAAGUAG